AUGUCCUCUGCAGAGAAAAAGCGCAUUCGAGAUCGCCGCGCCCAACAAGCGCUUCGCGAGAAGAAGCUCCAUCAUACUAAGAAGCUUGAGGAACAAUUGUCGUAUUGCCAACAGUAUCACAAUGACCAAGGAGCGCAACAACUGCAUCAAAUUAUCGAAGGACUUCGAAGGCAAAACGAGAACUUACUUGCUCGCCAGGAACAGCUAAAAGGCCUUGUCUGCUCCUGGGAUAUAGAUGCGGGCGACUUGGGUGAAAAUUCAACCCCACGAGCACAACCGACUGAAUUUGACCCUCCCACUAUCGCUGUGCCGUGUAGUGAUAAUGGCCAUGGGUUUAUCAGCAUUGAUAACGAUACUACACCUAAAUUAGUUCCAGACAACUCACUAGUGGCCAUCGAUUCUUGUCUUCCUUGGAGACUUCUCCCACUAAAUAAUGACGAUAUCUCUAAUCGCAAAGACAUCUCAUGUCCCUGGUUUUUCUAUCCUGAGAAAGUGAUCGCAUCUCCAGAUCUUCCGUCCUCGCCUCUUGACAUCCUCUAUGGUACGCGAACCAAUCCUCUGGCUGAUAUGAUCAGCAUCGCACUGCGCAGGCGUCCAAUCCGAGACCCUGAGCGCCUUGCAAUAGGUUGGACAUCCUAUCUUUUCAGCAAAUGGCUCAUCUCGCCCAACCCGGUAUCGUAUGCAAAGUUGCCCGAAUUUAUGAGACCAGUGUUGGCUCAGGCUCAGAUUCUGCAUCCUAUGAGUCUUGACCUUAUCACAUGGCCAACAAUGCGGCUGAAUCUGAUUCGAAACUGGCAUCUCUACAAGGACAGUCUGGACGAAAUCUUUGGCAUGUUGACUUGCUGUUUGAAAGUGCGCUGGCCGUGGGGGGAGAGCCUUCUGGAAAGGAAUGAACAGAACGAGCUUUGUAUUAAGAAGUCAUUUUACGAGACAUUUAUGAAUGAGGAUGGUUGGGGGCUGACACUGGAAUUUAUUCAGAAAUAUCCAGAUAUUACUGCUGGGUUACAUAUUGACACUAUUGUGUACAAGAUGGAAUGA